GGAUAUUUGUAAAGGUCAGUGAACUGAAGAUGGGUCUCAGCUCAAGCCUAGCGCCAGUGGCAUCUGCACUUGCUCCUCUUGUGCUGCUUCACUGCUCCUGCCCGAGGGCGGAGCAGAUCGUGAAGGAGCAGGUGAGGAGGCUGUACGAGGAGCACGGCAACACGGCCGUGUCAUGGCUCCGGGCCCUCUUCCACGGCUGCACCGUCAAGUCCUGCGACGCGUCGCUGCUCCUGGAGACCGACGCCUCCACCGACCUCAUCUCCGAGCAGGCCUCACGGAGGAGCUUCGGCAUGCGCAACUUCAAGUACGUGGGCGCCAUCAAGUCGGCGCUGGAGCGCGAGUGCCCGGGCACCGUCUCCUGCGCGGACCUCCUCGCACUGGCCGCCCGGGACGGCGCGGCCAUGCUGGGCGGGCCGGCGGCGAUCCCGAUGCGGACGGGGCGGCGGGACGCCACGGAGAGCCAGUACGGCGAGGUGGAGCGGUACAUCCCGAACCACAACGACACGGUGUCGGCGGUGCUGGCCCGGUUAGCGGCCAUGGGGCUGGGCGCCGAGGCCGUCGUGGCGCUGCUGGGCGCGCACUCCGUGGGCCGCUUCCACUGCAACAACCUGGUGGCGCGGCUGUACCCGGCCGUGGACGGCGGCAUCGAGCCGGCCUACGGCGCGUACCUGCGGGGCCGAUGCCCGACGGCGGACGCGAGGGAGGACACCCGCGACGUGGCGUACGCGCGCAACGACCGCGCCACGCCCAUGGUGCUCGACAACAUGUACCACAAGAACCUGCUCAAGGGCCGGGGCCUGCUGCUCGUGGACCAGCGGCUCGCGUCCGACCCGCGCACCGCGCCGUUCGUGAGGAAGAUGGCGGCUGAUAACGGGUACUUUAGUGAGACGUUCGCGGCGGCGCUGGUGAGGAUGUCGGAGAACGGGCCGCUCACCGGCGGGCAGGGGGAGGUCAGGAAGGACUGCAGGUUCGUCAACGCCAAGUGAGAGCUGGUGAUCAGUGGCUCAGUGGCAAGACGUGAUCGUGUGUUUAUGUAUGUGCUCGUGGCGUGGGGCACUAAUAAUUCAAAAGUGAUGAAGGGCCUGCCUGUACCUGAUGGGUAUGCGUUAUCCGAAGUCGCUGUAGUCUUCAGCGUCUGCAACAAUGAAAUCUCAAAAUGGAAUUCUGCGGACCUACCUAGAAGGCUAGAACAAGUACUGUAGCACGAUAGUAUGGCAGGAGGCAUUGAUGAACUAAACUCGUCUGAUCCAGCGUUGCAUGCUAUAUACUGUAUUUGUUCUGUC